AUGCCAGAAAAGACACCAGUUCUUUUUCAGUGCAACUCGAUUGUUGGAGAGCGAGGUGAUACUGUCCAAAUCCGAUUGAGUGGAAACAGACGAAGUAUCUUAUCUCUCUACGAAGUCGAGAUUUAUGCCUUUCCAACAGACUUGGACAUUCUUCUGGUCGAAUCUCAGUCGCUCGAGAAUCAGGCUCUUGAGCACACAUUCUUAGGUCCAUACAAACGAGUGCUAGAAAAAGUCAGAAAUGUUGCGGCUCGACCAGUUUUUCAAAAAUGGGACAACGAAGAUAUCUUUUUGACGUACUACCGACCUAGUGAUGCGUGGCAUUUCAAGACGAAAAAAAUGCUCGGAACUCAAAAGGCCGUAAUCAUCCUUCGCGGUCAGUACAAAACACACACUCCCAUAGAGGCGAAUCAUACUUGCAUUGCCUACAUUCCCUUUCCAACCGGCUGGGCGUUCGACAAGUGCCGCAAUCCAAUCACCUUUCGAAAAGUUCCAGUUCAUCGGUUCAUCACGGUUUCCAACGGUUUCACCAACGCUGGGCCUUUAGAAGACAUUCUCAACGGCGAAUAUGAAUUGGUUCCAGAUCAAAAGUCUCGUUUUCCAAAAAGCGGUGGUCGCCCGGUUUAUCGAAACGAGCGCUGGAAUUAUAUUUACUUGCACUACGAUGCUGAUGAAGUUCAAUGGGCAUUUACCGAGAUUCAUUCCUCUCAAGAUGGAAAAGAUGUUUCCUACCCGACUGCUUAUGUUGCUUAUAAAAAACCGAGUUUGACGCCCGACAAUUUAAGGUGGUAUAAAUGCGUCAGAUUGGAGCAAAACGGAGUGGAAAAGUCUUGCGGCGGCUCAGUCGAAUUUCAGGGGCACGGACCAACUGUCUCGCACUUCGAUUAUGGUUUUUAG